CCCACAGCAGCCCACGAAGUCCUAAGCCGAAGAACUGAAAACCCUAGGCGGCGGCGGCGGCGCAUCCCGACUCCCGACCGCCGUAUAGCAGCAGAGCCUCCAAAGAGGCGCUCCAGCGGGAUUCCCAGCAGCAGAAGCAACACAGGCCGCGCCGUGCGACCGGGGGCGAGGGAGAUGACGCAGAAGCAGACCAUGUUCAAGGGGCAGAGCAAGAAGAAGACCAUCCCUCCCAACCGCCACGGCAAGGCGCCCCACGUUCGCAAAGGGAAGAGGGUCGUCAAGCCGACCAAGUUCACCAAGGACAUGGACGCCGAGAAGGAACUCACCAAGUUCAUCAACCAGUGCAACGAAAUAAAGGCUGCGAAUCUUGCUAGCAAAGAAGGUGGCGACCUCAGCAUAUUGAAGGUGGACGGUGAUCAAUCUAAAUCAAAGAAGUAGGAAUUUUCUGGUAACAAGAAACCGAACAUGAUCGCUUGAAGUGUGAUUUGUGGUAAUGCCGUGUAUGCUGUUUUCCUGAAGAAAUCCAGUGCCAUAUGGCUGGGUAGAAGGGCAUGUUUAGUGCAAAGUGACGGUGUAACUUGCAACAUGCCAUACAAGUUUUGUUCUGUGACAGACUUUUAAUUAUGUUAAAGUUGGUAGUAUGUAAUUAUCCUAUACGUUGAAACAUUUUUUUUUCCUUUUGCCGUGGGCCAAUGGGAGCGCCGUGGCAGUCUGGCAGUGUAAAAGCAGGACGUUGCAACCAUCGCAAGCAUCGCGCCUUGUUUUA